CUGAGCUGCCCCAUCAUGCUCGCAGGUCACGGCGGCCUCCCCGCAGACCGGGCGCUGCUCGGCCAGCCCCCCAAAACCGGACUCAGCUGCAAAAUGGUGCUCCAGGCGGUCGGCAAAGUUUUGAGGAAGUCUAAAGCCAAGCCCAACGGGAAGAAGCCCGCCGCCGAGGAGAAGAAGGUGUACCUGGAGCCGGAGUACACCAAGUCCAGGAUCACCGACUUCGGCUUCAAGGAGCUGGUGGUGCUGCCCCGGGAGAUCGACCUCAACGAGUGGCUGGCCAGCAACACCACGACGUUUUUCCACCACGUCAACCUCCAGUAUAGCACCAUCUCAGAAUUCUGCACAGGAGAGGCCUGCCAGACCAUGGCCGUCUGCAACACACAGUACUACUGGUACGACGAGCGGGGCAAGAAGGUGAAGUGCACGGCCCCCCAGUACGUGGACUUCGUCAUGAGCUCCGUGCAGAAGCUGGUGACCGACGAGGACGUGUUCCCCACCAAAUACGGCCGGGAGUUCCCCAGCUCCUUCGAGUCGCUGGUGAAGAAGAUCUGCAAGUACCUGUUCCACGUGCUGGCGCACAUCUACUCGUCCCACUUCAAGGAGACCCUGGCGCUCGAGCUGCACGGACACUUGAACACGCUCUACGUCCACUUCAUCCUCUUCGCCCGGGAGUUCAACCUGCUCGACCCCAAAGAGACGGCCGUCAUGGACGACCUCACCGAGGUGCUGUGCAGCGGCGGGGGCCGCGGCGGGGGCGGCGGGGACGCGGCCGGCGGGGCCGCGGGCGCACAGAACCACGUCAAGGAGAGGUGAGCCCCGCGCCGCGGGCACCAGCGCAGAGACGGUGGCGCGCGUCCGGGCGCGCGCGCACGGGCCGGGCCCUCGGACGGGGGGGUCCGAGGGCGCCCCCCCGGCCCGGCCGAGGAGUGGGCACAGAGCCGGGGCCCGCGCGGCCCUCCCGUCGGACGUCUGCGCGCCGCUGUCACCGAGAAGCUCGGACUCCGUGGGGUCGCUCGGCACACUCUUCCGGGACUGAGUUUCCUCCGUGGGCCGGUCUGUGCUGCGGCCCCGCGCGCUCCCGGGCGCUGCGACCGCGGGGCUGCCCCGCACAGGCCGCCGCUGCAGGCCUCGCUUCCACUUCGUUUCCUUUUGUUUAUCGGGUGGGGCUGGUGUUCGAGAUCCCGCCCCGGUUUCUCGCUCCUCUAGGGCCUCGGGUGGACCUUGGCUGUGGGCGGCUGAGCGGGCGGGCGGGCGCGCCAGCCCCGGCUGGGUCUGCCCUGCAGGGGUCCGGGCUGGCUGCUCAGGGCCCAGGUGCCUGGGCGGCCGGCCUGGGCCGAGCCUCGGCCGUGGGUACAAGGAGCACGUCGCUUCCCUGCUCGGGUGUAAUAAAAAGAAUUCUCUCA